AUGGCUGCAAUCCACACGAUUCUUAGCAUUCCACUGUACUAUGUGCACACCAAGGUGAUGCAUGACCUUCUUAACGAUACAGUGGACAUGGACACUGUGAAUAAACACUACUGGCGACUGAUGGAGCAACAUGCCGGAAUUGAACCACCCUUGGAUCGGUCGGAAGGGGCCAUAGAUUUUCCCUACAAAUUCUACGUGAACAUUGACCAGAGCUUCCAGACUCAGAAAUUCAUUUCCGAGAUUCUGGGAUAUCAGAUCUAUCGCGAGUUUUGCAAGAAGAGUUACAGCAGGGGACCGCUGCACAACUGCGAUUUCUACGGCAGUCUGGCCGUGGGCAACGAUUUAAAAUCCAUGAUGUCCUUAGGUUCUACCAAGCCCUGGAAAGAAGUUCUUGGUAAAAUACUGCCCAAUAAUAAUGGACUUAGUAGCCUGGCGCUGUUGGAAUACUAUCAGCCCGUUCUGGAUUGGCUUAAAAAGUAUAAUAAGGACGCAAAUUCCAAAAUUGGAUGGACUGCCACCAAGAAAAAAAUUGUUUAGUUUGCGUACAAAAAAUAUCCAUAUACUGUUGCCGAAUUUGGAAAAGCUCCUUAUAUUAAAAUAAUUGCCAACUAUUUUUGAAUUGAAUUUGAAUUUUUGAAUUUGAAUUUGAAUUUGUAACUGCUUAAAUAAAAGCAUUUUGCAACACUGCCGCGAAUCGGUUUAAUCAAUGAAA